UUAACUUCAAUAACUUUUUUACGAUCGAAAUAAUCUAUAAUACGUUCGUCUACCAAACGUGCGCGCAACUUUCAUUUAAAAGUUAACCACUUUUUAGCCACUAAAAUAGUGAUAAAGGUUUCUCAAUAGUAUUUAUGUAUUUGUUAUUUUUAAAUCGAUACUCGUGACAUUGUUUGGAGUAGCGGUCUUUUGCGACUAAACAAAAAUGAAUUCCACAUAUUACACUCAUGUCUUUGUUGCUCGGGGAAACUGCAAGUAACAAUUUCCAUUUAUAUUGCCUACGCCUUUCAAUCAACGGCAACUUCUAUUUUUAGUCGACUACAAAAUGCCCUUCGUUCUUGACGAAAGUUUCAACGGAAAAGUGACUGUCUGAAGACGGAGGACCUUUGCUUCCGCGUCAAAUAUCGCAACACACUCCGCACGCUAUCGAUUUUCACGUAAUUUGCGCGCGAUUAGGCGUUUGUUGUUUUAUUGAAUAAUCCAUUACAAAGUGACAACAAGUGUUAAGCAAACAGUGUGCGACAACGUCGUCGAUGAAUGUACUUUGGCGAAACACGAUAUUUCCAACCCUAUAACCUCUCCACUCAGGCGCGCAGCCUAAAUAUCUAAUCCACUCAUGAGUAAAACGGGUACAAGAGUACAAGCUCGGGGUGUUUGAAAAAAGGGCCUUGUAUCUUGUGUCACGGAUAGCAAAGGAUCAGUGAUUCUUGUAGUCGCGUGUGGUUGAAACAUAAGAGAUUUAGCACAGAAGCAGAAACCUUUCACGUAAGACAAUACUUUAAACCUUUUUCCGGUGACAAGUCGUGCUGUAGAUUGACUAAACAUUGUUGGUCUGGUGCGUGUGUACAUGUACCAAAACACGGUGAACUGCGGUAUCAGCUGAGCUUUCAUUGUAUCAAAGUCGUGUAAUGCUGUGAAUCAUCACAACAAUGAUCAACUCACAAAAAUAUUGUGUUGGAGUGUCACUGGAGCAUAGGAAGAGAUUAAAAAAAAAUAAACAAUUAACAUAAAUCAUCACGACAAACCAAUUCUUGAAGCUCUUAAUAUAUCAUAGCAAAGUGUAUUUUUUUGUUCUUCUCCCGGUUCGAUGAUUGAUGGCCUGCCAUUAAAACCUUUCCCUCAUGACGCGUGAAAGGGCAACUUCGCCGCAAAUUCUACCGAGGUGGUAUCUAAGUAUAAUGCAUUGCUCUUCUCUUUUUCAUUUUGUUAUCGUGUCCGCCUUCAAAGAAAAGCUGACACGAAAUCGACUUUAACAUCGGAAGGAAAUCAACUUUUUGCAAAUAAGUGUUAGCCUCUUAAAAUCUCGGGACAAAAAACAUUUUUGAAUUCUCUUUAUACCAGCUCGACUGGUGAAAGCCUAAACAUUGUAUUCAAUUGUCUACGUGUCGGAGAAAUAUGCAAAUAUAGCGAAAGGGACGACGAAAAAGCAAGCUUGAACGAAAAAAGACAUUUUCUUCCCAUUGGUUUAAGUCCGAGGAUACUUCUCAAUCAUCUACCCAUUGUUAUUUGACAAUCAGAAUGAUUGAAAAACUUCCCGCAAAGCUUGUAUCUUGUUUCGUGACUCCGUCAAACGAUGUAGCCAAGCUUAAAAGAUAAAAUUUGCAUAUAGAUUAUUUCUUCAACACUUUGCCGCUGUGUAAUUUUCUUCAGCUGCUAAGAAACAAAAGAGCGCCGUAUUUCUGGUGACUUCGGCCGAAAAAUUUUUUGGGACCUGAUGUUUGACUGCGAAUUGAGUGUGGAAAUGUCGUAACAGCAUGAGGCUCAUGCCCCAGAAUAAAUAACAUAAUCUUCGGCCCGGCGACAAAAGCUCGUAUCUGCAGGGUUCUUUGAAUGAACAUUACGCUUUGAAUAACACGCUAGUGGCCCGCCAAUUAUGGUUGCUUUGGUUUCGUUGUCUGUUCUUUUUUAGAAAGAAGUGCUAAAGCCACACAGAACUGAACGCGCGGCAAAGUUCGCCUGUAGUGUUUACCGAAAAUUUCACUUAAGUACUUGUUGGCAAACAGUGGCUUGGUUGUCGACUAACUUGAUCUCAAAUAUUGGUGAUCGUCAGUUCAAUAUUGAUCUGUUUUGGUUCAAAAUAUCCGGCUUAUCCUUUGGGGUUAAUUAUAUCGAGCAAUUUUCUCGGCUUUCCAAAUUCUAAGCACUUGUAAACAAGGAACAAUUACUUCGUGAUCUAUUGUAGCAAUAACGGGUAGUAACGGCGCGUUCUGGAUCGAUCAAGAUUCUCAAUGCUUAAGUUUACUUACGCAAGAGUAACAGAUGUUUUGCGCCAGUCACGAGCAGCCAAGAAAAUCUAGCGGUUUCCUUUUAUUCGGGCAGGAUUUUAGCAGGCAAAGAGUUUUCUUAGCUUUGAGUGUAGAAGUCAUUAAGACAACUUGCUGACAUAAUGAAAUAAAAGAAGCUAUUUAUUGAAUAAUUAAUCAAAUCUGUUCAACAUUUAGGCCUCAAGUUAGAAAAGACCACUGUAGAAAGUCACCGAUGUUUGGCCUCAAAUGUACUCGAUGUUUACAAGUACUUCAAAACAGAGAUAUAAAGAUAGAGUGACCUCUAAGAAACGUGUUCUGGUGGUUUGUAGGACGCAGUAGAGCGUUACGUCUAGAUCGCUAUAGCUCUCUCAUCAUCCCUUCAGAAAAAGCCGAUCGAUUUAACUCGUAUAAACAUAUGGCCCGUGUCUUUUGUGGGCGUUUUUUUGAGGCCUUUGCAAUUUUCUUUGACCUGAAGUUAAAAGUCUUAGAGCGUCCUUUUAUCUUGUUAUGUUGCGCAAAUGAACAUCAAAGGACACCGACAUCUAAUCUGGUAUAAUUUAGAGCACAAACCAUUCCCGGCUCUCAGUCACGAUUCAGGAAGCAUUAUGUCACUUUUCAUUUACUAAACCAAUCACGCGUGGACAAUGUGAGCUUCACAUCGCCCGCGUCGUCGACCUGCAAUCUGUGGUAAAAUCGCCGGAUUUUGCCAGUGUUGCCAUGCUUAGUGAUGGCAUACUUAGACUUAAGGUGAACAAACGCUUUGGUAGAACCUUUGACGGUAGGCCUCACGCCCACUUCUUGGUGCAAACAAAGAAAGAAAACACACAAAAGGCUCAGUGAAAAUUUUGACAAGGCCCCGCCUGCCUGUUUAUAUACCAUAGAUUAUUGGGUGUUGGAUGGCAUUAUUAUACGAUUUGCUUUCUUAAUCUGCCAAUCGGCAACAAGGUGAAGAGUACACAAGUACUAUAAACCAUCAGGGGGCCUCAAUUGAUUUGCAAAUAAUUGGAAACUUUAAUACGACAGAAAAUAAUUAAAAUAUGUCUGGCUUGCCACUCAAGCCCUCGUCAAUUCCCAAAAGCAUCUUUUGAAAAGUGAUCGGUGCGAACUGAUGCAACACAAAGCAUCGCCGCUGCACGAAAUUUAAACCGUGUUUGAAGAGCGACGUGAAGUACAGAUUUCCCUCAGGCGAUAAUUGGCAUAAACUUGAAGACUUGAGCCGCUGUGGAGUGGAGUAAGGCCGAGUAGAGCACAGCCUACCGUGACUGAAUAACGUUUUACGCCGCCGACUGGUACGGCCCCGGGUUAUAAAACAUUUAGCACCGACCGUGAAUUAAGCUUAAUUAUGACGUCCCAGUUGGGCCCUUUAGCUACGAACAGUACAACUCAGGGAGCAGCGCGACAAACAGGUAGUAAGAGAAAGCGAUCGCAAACUCGUGAGCUGUCACCGCCAUUGACUCCUCUAUCUCCUUCCUCAUCUCAUUCAAAGAGAACAGAGACCUCAUCAACAUCCGCCUUCGAGUUGAUCGAUUCCGAGGAUCGAGUCCUUGGACUACACGGAGUAAGCACUGUUAGUGGCACAGGAGUCGUGUCUUCGCCUUCAGCCAAUGUGACCAGCGCAGGUUUAGUUUCGUGCGCUCCUCGCCUCUCACACACACCACCUCACGACUUUCGUGAGGUAUUGUCCUCGCCGAUGCAGCCUCAAACACACCAGUACUACGCUCCACAGUAUAACCCAUUGCACUAUCAACAGCAACAACAGCCGAGGUUCGACUUCACUCAUCCUCUGGAGCCAUUUCAAACAGCACAUUCACAGCAAUUCGGCAAUGGUCCUGCAGGUUUUCACCCGGCAUCGGCCGGAGCGCCACACCAGUCCAUGGCUGGCCCGACUCAUCCACAGCCAGUGUCCCAGCAUCAAGCAAGACAUCCCGCUCGGAUGGACGCUAUACAACAAGUGCACAUGAACCAGUUUGCUGCAGGAGCCGCAAUGGAGCACGCAAGGCGAAUGGAGGAGCGUUACUCAGCCGUGCGAAGGCCUGAUAUGUUGAUCAAUGAUAUGAUGGGACCGGGAAACUUGCAAGAUUCACAGAAUCAUCGUUCAGGAGUAUUAAACAGCAAAAAUGGGGACACACACAGCCAUCACAAUUCUCGGGAAAGCCACAAACAAAAGCAUGUUGAGCGGGAUUCCCGCGAGGAGGCUGACUCGGACAGUCCCGUUCACCCGUCAGAUGUGUUCUGUUGUGUACCAGGAAGACUGUCGCUCCUCAGUUCUACGUCAAAAUACAAAGUUACCGUGGGGGAGAUCCGCAGGCGACUCUCGCACCCCGAGUGUUUGAACGCUUCCCUGCUGGGCGGGGUUCUUAGAAGAGCCAAGUCUAAGAAUGGCGGUAAAAGCUUGCGUGACAAGUUAGAGAAGAUUGGUUUGUCACUUCCAGCGGGAAGAAGGAAGGCAGCACAAGUCACGCUACUCACGUCACUAGUGGAAGGAGAGGCCGCACACUUAGCUGCUGACUUUGAUUACGUGUGUGAAUCAGAAUUUCCUGCCGCGCAGCUGGCGGAGAGACAGUACAGACAACAUGCUGAACCAUCUCAACAGCAGUCCAGGAAAAAUGCCAUUAUUGCUGCUAAACAAUUGACAAAAGAACUUCAAGAUGUUCUUGCCCAGGAUCCUUACCCAAAGACCAGGUUACCCAACAGUAACCUCCCGGACUCUAUCUUACGAAGCCUGAACCAGUUUGGUCUCGUGACCCAUGGUUUUGGCUCACCGGCGAUAAACGCCGCCAUGAACGCAUUCCAAGCGUACCUAGGAGAACUGCUUAAAUUCCACGAAGGAACCGUCGCUUCCGGUGGAAACACCGGAAGUAGAAAUCAAAAUAUUGUCAAAAAUGGCGAGGCGUGAGUUGAAGAUAUAUAUAUUAUCCACUGUACAUUUGAUUAGCACAAAGAGAGAGAAUAGAAUUUGUACUCAUCGUUUAGUUAGUUAGGGUAUUCCAGAUCGGCUUACAAAGCUACUGUCCCCGGACCAUAAACAUGUAUAGAAUAUAUUAUAAUCAUAGAAGAGAGACAAAAGAUAAGCUACUUUCUCAACAUAGAAGUGAUAUCAGCCCGAAAAAUAUCGGGUAGGGAGGGUAGGGGAGACUUUUUGUUUGGACGUAUACUUGAUUUCGAGUUGUUAUCACAAUAUCAUUGCAAUUGCUGUCGUGUAUAAAAUAUAUUUAUGCCUCAGCAAGGAAAUUCAUUGAAACGCAAUAUAUAAUGAAUUUAUUUGCCUGUUAAUAAACGUAAGCUUUAACUGUUUUAAUUAAUCGCGAGAUAUUAAAAUUUACAAUCCAGAAAAGAACCGAAACGAAACUAGUGCAGACAAAAUAUAUUUCUGAUUUUUUGAUUAUUUUGGGAGGACAAAUACAUACGUUGUCAAAUGUUUUUUCGUUUUGUUGUGAUUUUACCAUGAGGUUUACUCCGAAUACGGUUGGCAGUGUCUCCUUAGAGAAUUUAGAAAAAUCUACAUCAACUAUUCAAAGACCGCGUAUAGGUUACUGACUAAAAAACGUAGACUAAACUCGCAAUCCCCGGGGGCUCGAAAUAUGCUAGCCUUCGUACUGAAAACUGAUAAUUACCGUAACAAAUGAUCAAACUUCAAAUACACCCCUUCAACUGAUAUUUAAGUAACCCUUUCAAUGGCUCCGAUCUAAACAAUUACAGUAGUAAAUGACAAAGUCAUUUAAGUAUACCGUAUUUAUAGUUUAUUCAUACUUAAAGUACUUGCUAGCGUGAACAAAUUAAAAACUACUAGCCAAUCAGUGAA